AGGGGAAAGUGCAAGUGUCAACAAAUCUCCGGCAAUCAACUGUGCUGAUAACGUUAGAGUUUAUCAUCAAUUGACAGCCAGGAAUCGAGUAACAUAUGAUGACACAUUGAUAUCUUAGAAGAGAUCCAAAGAUGGCAACAUGCCGAGAGGGAUGCAAGAAGUGCACAGCCCCAUUUCUGCUGAUAGUUGGAGUUAUCCUUGUUGUUCUUGGCAUAGCUGGUAUCUAUGAGUUCCCUGUGCUGAUAAACCAACAAGUAACUCAGAAUGUUAUGCUCAAAGAAGGGACAAUGGGAUAUAAACAGUGGAAGGAACCCACUGUUCCUAUCUAUAUGAAGUUUUAUGUGUUUAAUCUUACCAAUCCAGAAGAGGUGCUAGCUGGUGGGAAGCCUUAUGUGGAAGAAAUAGGACCGUAUACAUACAGAGAACACCGUGAGAAAGUCAAUAUAACCUUCAAUGGCAAUGGAACAGUCUCCUAUCGCCAGAUUAGAACAUUCCAUUUUGUAAGAGAGAAGUCAGUCGGAGAUGACAGUGAGAAUUUUACCACCGCUAAUAUCCCUUUACUGACAGUAGCAGAGGCAAUGAGAAACCAAAGUUAUUUCAUUCAGCUUGCAGUUGAAGCCGGGUUAAAGUUGACAGAUGAGAAGCUCUUCAUCAGCCGGCCUGUACGCCAAAUAGUGUGGGGUUACCAUGACCCCCUGAUGCACCUGAUGACCCUGAUGCCUGGCCUCAGUGACUGGUUCUACACUGACUGGAUUGGAGUCAUGAUGAAUAAAAAUGCCACAGAUGAUGGACUUUACACAGUUUAUACUGGAGAGAAUGAUAUCAGUAAACUUGGAGUGAUAGACAAAUACAAUGGUUCCAAGUAUCUCAAUUUUUGGACAACAAAAUAUGCUAACAUGGUGAAUGGAUCAGAUGGGACGAUCGCUCCGCCUUCCUUUGCAGUUGAAAAUGACACCCUCUCGUACACCUUCCAGAGUGAUAUUUGCAGGUCAGUUUAUGGAGUUAAAAGGGGCUCAACCAAGACUCCCCAGGGUAUCAGUCUCCACAGAUAUAUCGGGACAGCGAGUGAGCUGGCCAAUUACAGCAUCAACCCAGACAACAUCGGCUUCUGUCUCCCUAACAAGGACUGCCUGGGUACUGGGCUGCUUUGGUUGAAGUCCUGUACAAAUGUGGACUACUUCCCCGUGCCCGUGGUGGCAUCUUUUCCUCAUUUCUAUCAGGGAGAUCCCAAAUUUGUGGAGGCCAUUGGUGGCAUGCAUCCCAAUGCCAGCUUACACCAAACUGAAGUAGAUGUAGAACCUAUCACAGGGUUAACUAUGGGUGCUCACAAGAGGGUGCAGAUUAAUGUUUUUAUGACCAAAGUAAAAGAUAUAGGACUAACAGAAAAUGUCUCCACGUUGUUCUUCCCCAUAGUAUGGCUAGACGAGAGUGUGGAAUUAGACGAUGCCACAGCAGAUCUCUUCAAAAACAUGGUGUAUAUGCCCAUAACAGCCACCACUGUGGUACAGUAUGCCUGUUUUGGGUUGGGAGGAGCUCUCAUUCUUAUAUCCAUCAUUAUAGCAGCAGUCAGAUAUAAAAAGUGGAAAGAGAAUCAGUCCAAGCUGGAGUCGGAGCGUCUACUCAAUAACUGAGAUGCUUUCAGUGUUAUAACAUAAAUAUUCCAUGGCAACUUAUAUACAGGAAAAAUGCUCAUUCUUUUAAAUGCCAGUCAUUUGUGACAGUCAUAGUGAAAUACAAUAUAUAUAUUGUAUAUGUUCACAUAUGACCACAUAAAACAGAAUUUUCACAUCCUAGUCCUCCUUUCAAGCAAAUAUGAACUGAUUUUUAACAGUUCUAAUUGUAAUACAGUUGGUUAGCCAGUCAAGGAAUGACAAUUUAUCACUAAGUUAGUUAAAUGUAUUAGUUAGUUAUUGAAUGUAUUUUUCAAACAAUGUACCUUUUAUAAUUUAAGAAAUAAGCGCUCAGAAAUUUUUAUUGUUUUCUGAUCUACAGACAUUUCUGUAACUUUUAGUCACUGAUCCUGACGUAACUUGGAAAAAAUUGCACUGUUUAAAUGUAUGGGUUAUUGCCAUAUCAAAGUGAAUGUGGCGAUGUUUAGCAAUGGAUAUUGUUCGAAAAGAUCUUAAUAUGGUUCUGUUGACGCUACGCGCAACAGUAAUUCAGGGAAUUAAGCCUUAUUUCAUUUUUUUUUUUGUUGGCAAGUUAAUGUGAUGAGUCCAAAUUUCAGUUUUAUGUGCGUUUUACAGUCCUGUUACUCAUUAAGCAUUCAUAAGAAAUGGGCAUAAGGAAGUGAAUGCUGCCAGGCCAGUUCUGCAAGGCUGAGUGAUAAAUUUUAAGUCAUCUUCUCUAUGAAAGGAAUUUUGGUGAUAUCGGAAUACAUUUAAGGGGUUCUCACUUAUUUACCGACACCGCCAAAUUGUUUUCUAAUGGGAUCCAUACUCUGUGAAAUCCUGGAUACGUGUCAAAACUGCAAAGACGGUAUUCGUGGUUUCAGAUUUUUUAAGGGUUGAUCUCACUGUUAGGCCUAUUUAUCAUUGAGGACAUGCAAACUAUUAAGUGUAACUUGCUCCUCGAAGUCAAAAGGAAAAUAUUGAUGUGAUGUGUUGUGUUUGAGAAUUGUUGUACUAUGUGUUUACAAAUAUAUUGUGGCUUGUUAUUAAUUAUGUACAGUAAUAAAACUGACCAACAGAACAAUUUGAAGUUUUCAAAUAACUAGUCUUAAUACCGCUGUUGGUAUUGCUGUUUGACAUGAAAUUGUUCUUUAUAUGGAAUGUGGUGUGAAUUUUCACCCACCUUUAUUAAAACUAUUAUAACGAUAAAAUUGUUGUAACAGUUUUGUAAAUGAAUAAAUGAGAAAAAAAAGUAUACGUA